AUGCACCAUAUUAUUCAACUUCCAUUUUUCAGCAGUUACGAGUCUUAUACCGUCUACACGUAUGGACGGUCAGUACUCUUGUUUGAAAAAGAAACUUUGACACCUCCGCCAACAUCAGAAUGGAUAAUGCUACCCCAAAUCCCCAACUAUACUUCACAGGAGACCAUCGGUACCGCUUCAUGGCUUUGCAUCGGUCUCUUUGACUCCCGAACUCAAACGUUCAAAACGUACCUGUUGUCGCUGCCUAACACCAAGGCCGUCUCAAAGGAAGUAUAUGACAAUGGCAUCGUCCUCGCACAUAACGCUGGAUUUUUUAUGAAGAUUACCAUCUGUCAAGAAGACAACUUUGUAUGGACAUCAAUUCCGGCACAUCGAGAAUUACAAAUUAAUCGAAGUGGAUCAACAAUUCUAUUGAGGUACCACAAUGACACUAUACAGCUAUGUGAUGCACGGACGGGUGCUGCUGUCUUUGACUCCCUUCACAGUGAUAAAUACCUGGUUGGUGACUCUGAUGAUGGAACAAAAAUUGCGCUUUGUGACUUGAAUUCGGAUGUGACGAGUGUAUUCGACAUGGCCUUGGGUGGUAAGGUCAUUGUUGUAUUAGAUGGUCGAGUGGGAAGGGUCUUGCUCUUUGGAGAAAAGAUUACCUAUGAACUGAACAAAUGCCUAAUCAUCCAAAGUUUGGAAACGGGUGACAUCCUCUUUCGCCACGGCAUUCCCGAGCAUUGGGGGCCGUAUCAUAUAGAUGCUACUCCAGAUGGAACGAGAGUUAUCACUUAUAAUUCACGCACAUGUAUGGUAUGGGACGUUGGAGACUUAUAG